AGUUUCGUCAUUGUAUAAAUAAGCUAGCUCAAAUUCAGUUAGAGUUUCAGUUUCAGUCUGAGCCAGCAAACAGAGCUACGUUGACAAUGGCGUAUGAGUCCCUUCGCUCUCUGCAUUCGAUCCACCAAACCUAAACCCCUACCUCUCUCUCCAUUCCUUCUUCUUCUUCUGAUCGAUCUUUCAUGCCUCCAUUCACCACGAUCUUUUUUCUCCGCCGCUUCUUCUCUAACAACCUGAUGAUAUAUUUGCUUCAGAGAUUGCUCAAGGAUUUCAACCUUUCUCGGGUGAUAAAUCUCUUCAUUUGAUUGAUUGUGUUGGAGACUCUUAGAUUCUUCUGGAAUAAUGUAUCGCAGCAAUAAAAGGUCAAAUAAUGAUGGUAGAGCCAGGUCUAUUAUCAAGGUAAUUAUGGCAGCUGCCUUUGGAUUUUGUCUUGGAAUGUCAAUUCCAUCCUUGCGUUUGAAUAAGGUUAGCAUGUCUUCAAGCCGUCGACAUUCCUUUGGUGUAUCUAUAGAAGAAAUAGAAAGAUAUGCUGCUGAUGUAGACAAUGUUCAAGCUAUUACUGACUAUUCUGGAACCCAGCGUAUUGAAGCCCUUGGGUCAAUGAGAUUGCCAAACUUAUAUAUUCCAACAAAUCCUAUUGGAGCCCAAUCUUUGCCCCCGGGAAUUAUUGCACCGCAAUCUGAUUUUCAUUUACGCAGAUUAUGGGGUCAACCUAGUGAGGAUCUGAAGAAAAGGCCAAGGUAUUUAGUAACAUUCACGGUCGGUUAUGAUCAGAAAGAUAAUAUUGACGCUGCAGUAAAAAAGUUUUCUGAUGAUUUUGCAAUUUUGCUAUUUCAUUAUGAUGGACGGACUAGUGAGUGGGAUCACUUUGAGUGGUCAAAGAAUGUCAUCCAUGUUAGUGCAAGGAAACAAACAAAAUGGUGGUAUGCUAAACGGUUUUUGCAUCCUGAUAUUGUUGCAUCAUAUGAAUAUAUUUUUAUUUGGGACGAAGAUCUUGGACUGGAAAAUUUCAAUGCAGACGAAUACAUUGAAUUGGUCAUAAAACAUGGUUUGGAGAUAUCUCAACCUGGUCUUGAGCCCUAUGAUGGAUUGGUAUGGGAGAUGACAAAGAGAACUGAAGACACAGAAGUUCACAAGUCAACAGAAGAGAAGCCAGGCCGUUGUAGUGAUGCACAUUUGCCUCCUUGUGCUGGAUUUGUGGAAAUUAUGGCUCCGGUCUUUUCUCGGAAAGCAUGGCGUUGCGUCUGGUAUAUGAUUCAGAAUGAUUUAGUGCAUGGAUGGGGAUUGGAUUUCAAUCUCAGAAGAUGUGCAGAGCCUGCACAUCAGAAAAUUGGUGUAGUUGAUUCACAAUGGAUUAUUCAUCAAGGAAUUCCUUCCCUUGGGAACCAGGGAGAAACUGACGAGGGAAGAGCUCCAUAUGAUGCGGUCAAAACAAGAUGCAAAAAUGAGUGGGCCGAAUUCCAAGUUCGCCUCACAAAUGCUGAUUUAACAUACCUUAAAGGACUAAAACGUAAUAUGAAGGGUUAAACAACAUAUAUAUGCAAUGCCCUGUUCCUUCUCCCUGUCAUUGAGUAUUGAUUUAUAUACUCGGCAUAUUUUGUUGAGUUCUGGUUCCUUCCUUCCUUCCUUCGGGUGCAAGGUAUCUUUACAAUGCGCAUACAAGUGUAGAUAUAUAUGAAAGGAAAGAACAUAUUCAAGCUUAUUUAUUACCUCUAACUAUAAAUAUAUGCUGCCAGAAUUCUGCAGCGAUUUUGGAAUCUUGCUGGAAAAAUAGUUUGCAGGCUUUAAUUUUGAUAAUCUUGAUCUGCAUGUGCCUUAUCUGAAAAAGUAGUGAAUAAGUAAGAAGAACUACAUUUAGCUGAGGCUGUGAUCAUAUGGAUAUGUAAUUUUUGGAGGCUGUAAUGCAAGCAUCAUGACUUAUACAUUUUCAUUAUCAUUUUGU